UGCUGCUGCUGCUGCUUUCCAUGCGUGCGAUGCGCGUCCUCUCCUCCCGGGACAGGAACCACGGCAUCCAGGGCAACUCCGAUCCCAACCGAGGCAAGUUGAGCCCCCCCACCCUCUCCCUCCACUCCUCUCCCUCCGUUUACCCUCGCCCCCAUCUCCCCCCACCACCACCACCUCCAUCCCCACACUGCGCGCGGGGGGCCAACAGAGAUUGCAGUGGAGCAUCAGCAGUGUAGGCGCACACACGCAAUGAAGAUUGGAUUACAAACAACAGUGGUUCUGUUCACCGCUGCACCUGUGAAGUGUUAAAGCCAAGAGGGGAUUUCAUUCAUCUUUUUUUAUCUUUCCUGUUUUUUUUUCUUUUUUUUUUUCUUUUGGACACGCUGGGAAUUAUUUUCUACCAGAGAUUCUGAGAUUUCUUCUGUACUCCUCCAUCCAAGCUCCUGUUGUGCAGUAGAUGAGAGAAUAAUAAUAUUAAGAUUAAAACGCCAAGAAGCUGCAUGGUUGUUUUCAGGAGAGAGUGGACUGUUGCAAUGUCAUCUCACACUACAGUUUUGGAGCUCUGUGGAAGGGAGAUGCUGGGAUGAAGUGGAUCAGCAUUAUGUCCCUCAGCAGCAAAAGGAGCAAGAGGAGGAUUAGAAGGAGGAGUACUUGGAGCAGUGUAGGGGAUGGCGUGCUACUCUCCUUGGUCCUGGUGGCGGUGACCACCAUGGCCAGCCCUGCAGCGGCGCAAAAGCAGAGAAGCGGCGGCGGUUCGGAAAAAGUGCCGGUCUUGAACAUCGCAGUGAUCCUGGGACGCACGCGCUACAUCUCUGACCGAGACAUCCGAGCUCUUUGGAGCAAAGAAGACCCCAUCGACGUCAACAUGGUCACACUGCUGGUCAACGAGACUGACCCAAAAAGCAUCAUCACCCACAUGUGCGACCUGAUGUCGGGAACCAAGAUCCACGGCGUGGUGUUCGGGGAUGGCACUGACCAGGAGGCCAUUGCCCAAAUUUUGGAUUUUAUUUCCUCGCAGACGCUCAUACCCAUCUUGGGCAUUCAUGGAGGGUCGUCCAUGAUCAUGGCUGACAAGGAUGUGAAGUCAACUUUCUUCCAGUUUGGUGCUUCCAUCCAGCAGGAGGCUCUGCUGAUGCUAAACAUCAUGGAGGAGUACGAUUGGCAUGUCUUCUCAAUCGUCACAUCCAAGUUCCCCGGAUACCAGGAGUUUAUCAACAUCCUAAAAACUACAGUUGACAACAGUUUUGUGGGCUGGGACCUCCAAAAUAUCAUCACUCUGGAUGCUGUGGAGGAGGACAGUCGCUCYCAGAUUAUGCUCAAGAAGGUCCAGUCUCCAGUGGUAUUGCUCUACUGCUCCAAAGACGAAGCGGUCUACAUCCUGGAGGAGGCUCGCUCUCUGGGCCUGACUGGAUUUGGAUACAUCUGGAUUGUGCCAUCGCUGACGACAGGGAACACGGAAAUUACACCAGAGGCGUUUCCAUCAGGAAUGAUUUCAGUGUCYUAUGACGACUGGGACUACCCGUUGGAGGCACGAGUCCGUGAUGGACUGGGGAUCAUAACUUUAGCAGCAGCAGCCAUGUUGGAUGAGUUUGGGGAUAUUCCUGAAGCCAAGACAUCCUGCUAUGGACAAAUGGAAAAAACAAGCAAACUUCCACCAAGUGCUCUGCACAAGUACAUGAUGAACGUGACGUUUGAUGGCAAAGACUUGUCUUUCACGGAAGAUGGCUACCAGGAAAACCCGAAGCUGGUUGUUAUUGUUCUCAACAAAGAAAGAGAGUGGGAAAAGAUGGGGAGACUGGAUAACGGCAGCCUCUCUGUGAAGUAUCCAGUAUGGCCACGUUUCAACUCCUUUGGUGAUGCUGAGCUUGAUGACAACCACCUGUCCAUCGUCACCUUAGAAGAGAAACCGUUUGUCAUUGUGGAAGAUGUUGAGCGGCUCACUGGUACCUGCAUGAGGAACUCUGUGCCUUGCAGGAAGCAUAUCAAAGACAACACAACUGAAGCCGGAGGGACAUAUAUCAAGAAGUGCUGCAAAGGUUUUUGCAUUGAUAUUCUGAAGAAAAUCGCCAAGUAUGUCAAGUUCACCUACGACCUGUACCUGGUUACUAACGGCAAACACGGCAAGAAGAUCAACAAUGUCUGGAAUGGGAUGGUGGGAGAGGUGGUUUAUAAGAAAGCCGUCAUGGCGGUGGGAUCCCUGACCAUCAACGAGGAGCGUUCGGAGGUCAUCGAUUUCUCUGUCCCAUUUGUUGAGACUGGGAUCAGUGUCAUGGUCUCACGCAGCAAUGGGACCGUCUCUCCAUCAGCUUUCCUCGAACCGUUCAGCGCAUCAGUGUGGGUGAUGAUGUUUGUGAUGCUCCUUCUGGUGACUGCAAUGGCCGUUUUCAUGUUUGAGUACAUCAGUCCUCUCGGCUUUAACAGAAACCUGGCACAGGGAAAAGAUCCCCAUGGCCCUUCUUUCACCAUGGGCAAGGCUGUGUGGCUACUUUGGGGUCUGGUCUUCAACAACUCUGUCCCUGUGCAAAACCCAAAAGGAACCACGAGCAAGUUCAUCGUGUCGGUGUGGGCCUUCUUCGCUGUCAUCUUCCUGGCCUCCUACACUGCCAACCUGGCUGCCUUCAUGAUUCAGGAGGAGUUUGUCGACCAGGUUACUGGRCUUUCAGACAACAAGUUUCAGAACCCGUAUGCGUACUCCCCUCCAUUCCGCUUUGGAACAGUCCCAAAUGGUUCCACUGAGAGGAACAUCAAGAAGAACUACCCUGCCAUGCACCAGUACAUGGUGAAGUAUCAUCAAACUGGAGUCGUGGAUGCACUUGUCAGCCUUAAAUCGGGCAAGCUGGAUGCAUUCAUCUAUGAUGCAGCAGUGUUAAACUACAUGGCUGGCAGAGAUGAGGGAUGUAAGCUGGUGACCAUUGGCAGCGGAUACAUCUUUGCAACYACUGGCUACGGCAUUGCUCUGCAGAAAGGUUCCUAUUGGAAGCGGCAGGUGGAUCUUGCAAUCCUGGCAAUUAUCGGAGACGGUGAAAUGGAAGAACUAGAAGCUCAGUGGCUGACAGGGAUUUGCCACAAUGAGAAAAAUGAAGUUAUGUCAAGUCAGCUGGAUGUGGACAACAUGGCGGGGGUCUUCUACAUGCUGGCCACAGCCAUGGGGCUCUCCCUUAUCACAUUUGUGUCAGAGCAUCUCUUCUACUGGAGGCUCAGAUAUUGUUUCACUGGAGUCUGCUCUGGCAGGCCUGGACUUCUUUUCACCAUCAGCAGGGGAAUUUGGAGCUGCAUCCACGGAGUCCACAUUGACAUGAAGAAAAAGACUGAUCUUGACUUCAGCCCUCAGGACAAAAUGCUUAAGCUCAUUAAGUCUGCCAAGCAGAUGACAAACAUGUCUAACCUGGGUGGCUCUGGCUUGAACUCACCUAAACGAGAAUUUAUGCACUCUGCUGGCCCCAUGAUCAUGGACAUGAUGGCAGAGAAGGGCAACUUCAUCUACACUGACAACAGAAGCUAUGCUCCCAAAGAUAUGAUAUAUGGGGACACUGGUGACCUUCAGUCUUAUCUUGCCAACCGCCACAAAGAUCACCUUAACAACUACAUUUUUCAGGGGGGGCAGCAUCCUUUGACCUUAAAUGAUGCCAAUCCAAAUACAGUGGAGGUAUCUGUGAGUCCUGACACAGUCCAGACCAACGCCAAACCACCUCGGUCACUGUGGAAGAAAUCAGGGGACACGCUUCGCUCUGUGCCACCUGGUCCUGCUCCAAUGCCUGACAUGCUGAUGCCAGACCCACGAAUAUCAAUGAAGACGCAGCGCUACCUUCCUGAGGACACAGCCCACUCUGACAUCUCUGACUGUUCAAGCAGAGCAGCCUCCUACAAGGACCCAGAAAACAACAAGCACCUGAAACCCAAGGACAACUUAAAAAAAAGAUCUGUGACGUCAAAAUACCCAAGGGAUUGCAGUGAAGUAGAGCUGUCCUACUUGAAAACUAAGCAGGUCAGUGGUGGAACUAACCAAAGUGGGAGAGGAGGAGGAGUAGGGGAGAAAAUCUACACUAUUGACUCAGAUAGAGAGCUAAGCCUUCAUUCAGACCCCAUUCACUUCCGUGAAAGUCACGGCCUUGCUGCAGACGAUGUUGAUUACCCUGAAAUUUACUCCGACCACAGCGAUAACUACAGGAAAUGUGAGCAACCCAUCAUUCACUUGAAUUCUUCGCCUAUGCAUCACACGGACUCAGAUCUUCUCUCUGAUUCAGCUUACUCUAAACACUACAACUUGAAAGAGAAAAAUAUCUCCCUGUCCCCUCAUGAAACUAUUGAUCGCUACAAACAGACACACUGCCGCUCCUGCUUGUCCAAAGUGACUGCUAGCUACCCACCAGCAGGACCAUAUGGCUCAGCUGGAUCUGCCUCGGCAUCUGGCACCCGUUCCCCAUAUAAUCGUUGUGAGGCAUGCCUCCACACAGCCAACCUGUAUGACAUUAGUGAGGACCAGCUUCUUGCUGACCCCUUGGGCAGUCCCAACAUGCAUCACCAAGAGCAGCAGCCAGAUGAAAUGUUUGGUCUUUAUUGGCCUCAGACAGAUGGGCCACAUGUUCAAAAGAGAAACCGCUUGAGGCUAAGUCGUCAGCACUCUUUUGACAACAUCAUGCUAGAAAAGCCCAAGGACCUUGACCUGGGCCGACCAGCACGUAGUGUCAGUCUCAAAGAGAAGGAUCGCUUCUUGGACUCAGCAUCUGACUCGCACUAUGCGAACCUUUUUGGCAUGCGUCCUUACUCUGGCAAACUUUUUGGCACGGGGUCUAAAUCAAUGCUGUUUAACCAUAACCUGGAGGAAAGCAAAAGGAGCAAGUCCCUGUAUCCAGCCCAUGGCUCAGAAAACCCUUUUCUUAGCCACUCGUUGAGGGAUGAUACCAGCAGCAGACUGGUCCAUGGGCGCAGCUCCUCUGACAUUUACAAACAGUUGGCAGUAGGUUCUCCUGCRGUGGCCCUAGGAGCAGCUCCCAUCAAAACGCGUAACGAUGCGAACAAUCUCCGCUCUUCCGGUAAAUCCAGCUCUUCAUACUGUUCAAGGGAUGGGCGGAUAGCUAAUGACAUGUACAAUAAAGAGCAUGUGAUGCCUUACUCAGCCAAUAAGACUAGUGCAUACCCAGCCUCACGGGGUGUCCUAAACUCAGCCCAGUUUAGCAAUAGACGGGUGUAUAAGAAAAUUCCCAGUCUGGAGUCAGAUGUUUAAUUUAUGUAAGAAAUGUGUUUUGCCCUUCUUACUCCUCUCUGGGUUUGUAUUAUAAUUUAUCAAGUAUGUUAUCUACUAUGGGAUGCCAUAGCCAGACAACAWUUUUCUUCUCUUCAGCAUUGUCAUAAAAAAAMCAAACAAACAAAAAAAACUUAUGCCCACUUGGGUCUAAUGUCAUUACUACCACUCUAUUUACAGAUGACCUCAUCAUUUCUGUCCAUGCUCUCCCAUGUACCAAUGAGUUGGCUCCUUUGCCAGCAGUUUGCGAUAAGGUAUCCAAGUGUAAAGAAAGGUAGGGAUCAUAAGAUCCCUGGGUUUUUAAAAGGGACAGAUAUAGAAGUGUUCUUGGAUUGGAAUGUGGAUAUUGGCUGGAAAUGUAUAGAAAGGUUGUUGAGGGUGGCAAUAAUUACAUGACAAGGGAAUUAAAAGAAGCAGGAAAAAAAGGAGCUAGCUUCUCUAACCACUCACCUUUUUUUUUACCCCUUUGCCUUUCCAACUCUACUGUCAAGCUUGGACUUCACCAGUUGAAGAGAUCGGGUCUGACAGAGAGACCAGAUGGGCAAGGCAGACAAAAAGUUAUCCCAGGAGGACAGGGGUGUCACRCUGAGCUAGUCCAUUGGUCUGCUCCUUUUAGUCAUAUGUGGCUGCUAAGGCAUUUGGCAGUAAAGAAGGAAAGAGUAAAGGGAACAUAGGCUGAGUGGAUAAAUGACAUACCAGAUGAGCCAGUAAAUGUUCCAGUUUAAUUAGAAUGUGUUGUUGUGUUUCAAUUCCAAGCUAGCAACAACACAAAAAUGGAAAGAUGAAAUUAAUGUAUCAAUAAAUUUUGUUUACAAACUGAAGGAAGACAGACUGUCAAGAUGACUUGUAAGAAAAGAAAAAGACAAGCAGGAAAACCUAAGGCAGUUGACGGGCAUUUCAUUCAAGGCGCUGCACAUAGAAAAAUAAUAGCAAAGUGUUAUUUUUUAUAUUCUACUGAGAUAUAAGAUUAUAAGGGAUUCUGGCAUUUGGAUCCCUCUAUGUAAGAUUUUAGUGUUUGCUUAUUUUGUAGCACAGUAGCCAUUAGUUGAAAACCUUUCUCCCACAUUUCCUUUUGAAAGAAGCAUAGCUUACUAAAAGAAUACCAUCAAAAGCAGUUGAUCAUUUUGCAUGUAUUGAUUUUUUUCUAUCAGAGAAGAKAAUAUUUACACAAAUAGAUUGUCAAGACACAUAUUUACCAUAUUUUUAAAGGGGCUGUGUCUUGCCAUAUGCGUUUGGUGGAUAUUUAUACAAUCCAAACAGCUGAUUCUUGAACUGUCACAAUGUGGCUGAGCAAGUAAAGGGUGGUGGAUAAGAAAGUAAAUAUGACAACAAAAAUUAAGGGAAAGAAAAAAAAAUGACAUUUUUUCUUCUGUCAUCUCAUCUGAGGUGUGGUUUUGUCUUUUGACUUUCAUGCCACUGAGAAACAGGGUAAUAAUUUAUAUAUUUAAAAAGAAAAAUAAAAAACAUUGACAAUUCCUUUUUUUCACAGUUUUGUCCAUCAACAUGAGACAUCAACAAUGUGUACAGUACUAGAAUAUGUUUUUUUAUGUUUAGGCACAGUUAAACCUUGGUUAGUUUGCCCAGGGGCUUUGAAAGUGGAUUAUCUACUAUUUGUUUUAGAGUUAAACCUGACUCCUAAAUUUGUGAACACUAAUUGAGAUGGAUUUCUUAUUUACCUCUUUUUUUUUUCUUUUAUGGGUGGAGGGUGGGUGGUAUGGGUGGUACUCUGUGGGUUAUGUUAGUCAGGACUAACUGGGUGCAAUAAAGGAAGCUCCACUAUGUUUUACUCAUAAUUUGCAUAUCCAUCUGUGUGGACCAGGUGGUUGUUUUUGCAUGGAAGAAAUUGGGCAAGCUUGAAAUUUCAACUAAAAAAUUUAGUCCAAAAUCUGAUUGUUUUUGUGUUUUAUUUGUGUUUAUUUAUUUUGAUAUUGCUCAACAGAAAAGGCAUACAUGCAAAUGCUUUCAUUUCAGCUUGUGCCCCAAAAGCACCUUUUUUUGUAGCAUGAAAAUGUGCACUAAAAAAUGUUAAUGAAACCAUUGUUACUGGUUUGAUUUGCUUGUUUGAUUGGAUUGACAAAGCCAAAUUAUAUCUAGUAAAAUACCUCAGGAUGAUUCUGUGUGUUUUAGGGGAGCGGUAGCAACAAAACAUGAUGUGCCGCAAGGUUAUUUUUAUAUAAAAAAUAAAAAUAAUUUUAAAAAAACAUACACACAAUGUCAAGCGGCCAAAAGCAGAAUGAAAUUUCUCUCCUUCUGAUGUUUACUGUACCAGUCCAAGGUCUUCCAGAUCCGCUCUGUGCCCGAGCUCAUGCAACCCAUGUAAAGAGGGAAGAGGGAGAGAUGGUGGUGGUAAGGGAAGGGGGUGGGGGUGGUUAUUUUUCUCAGCAUGGGUUUGUAUUGCGUGUAGCUCUAUUUCUUGCCAAACUGAGCACCCUUGACAGAAUAAAGGGUGCUGAAUAAACAUCCAGAAUCUGAAACACUACCCUCAUGUGGAAUACACAAAUGGGAAUGUUUCUCCUCUCCAUUUUUUAAUAGCAGUUGAUUGCAUUAGCCACUGUGUUUCAACUGAAGCUUGAUAUUUAGCAUUUUUAAAGACCACUGUCAUAUCACUGCUUUUGUACUUCUUGGGAUACAGUUAUCUUGUCCUUGCUUCCCAAUCAGCUUACCCAAUGUUGAAUGAAGAACUACUGUAUGUUUGCUCUUUUCUUCUUUGUUUUUUUUUUCUUUUUUGCAUCUUAUAUGCAUAUUUAUUAAUAUUAUUAUGAUUAUAUUUAUUUCCACACGCUGCCUGCAUAAGCUGAAGAGUGAACAAUAUGCACAUGGAAAAUAUCAAACGGCAUCAUUUUUGAUUCAUGGACUCAACAGUUUUUGUUCAUUUUUGUUCCACUUUUACCAAACAGUCCCAUAAAAACAGACACUGUUUUACAUUCAAACACACCCUUGUGAUGACAACCCUGCUCUUUUUAAUGGCAAAAAUGUAUUUUAAUUACAUUUAAUGAUAAAUAAUGAGGUGAUGGCAUGCAACCCCAGAUGUAACAAGUUUAUGUUUUUUUUAUGUUUCCUUUCAUUGUUUUUGUAUUUUUAUAUUGGUUAUGAUGUUAUAAUCACUAAAGCGUUGUAACCAGGUGUGAGUAAAUACAUAUUUGAGAGGAUUAAAAAUAUAUAUCUGUGUUUAACACAAUGAAGAUGCUGCUGCUGUUUUGGGGGAAGAACCCGAGGACCUGACUCCCCACCC